AUGUCGUAUCCUGCUCCUCCAGGGUCAGGACAACAAUCGCAAGGGGGCUACUAUCCUCCAUAUCCUCCUCCACCAUCAUCACAACACAGCUACUUCCCUCCUCCGCCUCCAUCAGGUCCCUCUCCCGCUCCGUCCAGCGACUAUCCUCCACCACCACCAUUCACGCCGCAGAACGCAACCACCCCUCCGCUCCAACAGCCAACGGCGCAAAGACCAUACAAUUACGGCUCAGUCCCGGCGUCGGCACCAGCAUACCGAACCACAUUCGACCAGGUGCCAUCAUACAAUGGACCACCUCCACCACGCGGCCAAUUCAGCCCUCCUCCGCAACAGCAGCAGCAGCAGACACCAGACCAGCAACAACAGCAACAAUCAGUGUCGUCCCCACGAUUGCAAAAGCUGACUCAAGAGUUCGGUAACAUGAUGAAAGCACCGCCCAGUAAUGGGCCGAAGCUACCAGGCGUGCCGGAGGGAAGUCAAUUCGUCGGCGCGCAAGCCACGACGGCCGACGACGUAGGCACAUUCAACGGCGGGUCGUACCGCAUCUCGCAUCGGGACACGAACUCGAUUUUGACUGUACAAUUGGCAAUGGGAUGUCCUUUGACCGCCAAACCGGGGGCCAUGAUCGCCAUGUCUCCGUCCAUCACUCUCAAGGGCGCCGUGAAAUUCAGCAUGAAGAAACUCCUGAUCGGAGGCGAAAUGACCCAUUCGACAUUCACGGGUCCCGGAGAACUAUUACUUGCCCCCAGCAGUUUGGGCGAUAUCUCCCUUCUGAGGUUGGACGGAAAUGAAACUUGGAGCGUUGGCCGCGACGCCUUCCUCGCUUGCACCCAGGGCGUGGUGAAAGAAUAUAAAAGCCAAGGUAUCGGCAAGGCCAUGUUUUCCGGCGAGGGGUUGUUCGUCUACAAAAUGUCCGGCCGGGGGAUACUGUGGAUGUCUACGUUUGGCGCGAUCUUAAAGAAAGAUCUUGUCGAUGGCGAAAGGUAUAUCGUCGACAAUGGUCAUCUGGUCGCCUGGAACUGCAAAUACGUCCUCGAACGCGUCGCCAGCGGCGGCAUCAUUUCCGGAGCCGCCAGUGGUGAAGGCCUCGUGUGCAACUUCUCAGGGCCGGGAACGGUAUAUCUCCAGACCAGAAAUGCCAACGCCUUUUCUGCCUUCAUCCAGGGGCAGGCCGCACAGGUCUUUUGA